AACUUUAUAUUUCGCUAAUAAAUGUCAGGAGCCACUCUGUGUGCCUGAUUUUAGUCUGAGACAUUUGGAGUUAGGUUAGCUCUGUGAGAAAACCAGCAUUCAUGGAAUCUCAGAAGAGAAAACUGGUUAUGGGUCUCUUUGUUUUGGCUAUGACAACAAUGAUUGUAUCAAAUGUUUUUGCUUGGACGGGUGAGAUCCACGGAAGAGUUGUCUGUGAUGUCUGUGGUGACUCCUCUAUUGGACCUGAAGAUCAUGUUCUUGAAGGUGCUGAGGUUGCUGUUCUCUGCAUAACAAAAUCUGGGGAAGUUCUAAACUAUCAGGCAUUUACAAAUGCUAAGGGGAUAUAUACAGUGGCUGAGACAAUGCCUGAAAGCGACCGGUGGGAUGCAUGUCUGGCACGACCAAUAAGUAGUUUCCAUGAACACUGCACUCAUCUAGGAGGAGGCAGUGCUGGAGUUAAGUUCAGCUACAAUCAUCCAUCAGGCUAUUUUCACACUGUCAAACCUUUUGUCUAUCGCCAUGGCAGUGCACCAACUUACUGCAUGUGAGAUCUCCAAUAUCAGUGUCUAUAUUAUAGUUGAGAGAUUUCUAUGUAUUAGAGAUCAUAACUGAUGAUGACAUCACUGUGAUAUUUAUAAUUGCCAUAAUCUGAUAUUUAUGUUUGUACA